AUGAAAUACCUGGUGAUAAUUGGUAGGUCGAGUGUUUUGUGAAAUAGAUUCUAAGAAAAGCGAUUGGCGGACUCGCCGACUGGAGAGCGCUCGUCGGGGAAGCCGAGAAACACUCUGGGAGUAUUGUCUCUAGGUUACGCCAUUUAUCGAUGCUUUUGCAUCGCUAAAUUUUAUUGUGUAUGUAUUGUAUGUUGUGUGUAAUUGUAAUAAGAAGCGCGAUGAAUCGAUGCACCCGCGCGUUGCGAUUAUAUACAUACACUUACUUCUGAGAUAAUUUGUUAAUCUUGAGAGGCACUGAUGAACUCCAAAGAGCUUUGUGGACUAAGUGUAGAGUGGUGAGAUUUUUUGUUUGCAACCUGGAGGUACUUUGACGCGGAAAACUCUGUCAGAGAGACGGGACUGUGUUGUGAAUAAUAACGUUCUGUUUUGAUAUGUUUGUGGGUGACAAACAGCUGCUGUUUAAUGACGCUGUGAUUUGUUAUCCACAAGAUGCUCCAAGACUCCAGGUCGCCGAGAGCAAACACAGCCAGUGGUACUGGCGCUCCGAAUGUUGGAAGGACAAUUACCAGAAGAAUGACAGGCAAUGGAUGCUCCAAAAGAUCGGAUCGUACUUACGAAUUAGGUCUGUCGUCAGACCUGAUAAUGAACGAUUUUGACGACGAACGAACUCUAGAUGAAGAAGAGGCUAUGGAAGGAAGUGAAGAUUCUCAUAAUGAACUGUCAAAUUUACAAAAAGAAGGAGAUAUGCCGUUGAAAGAGUUACUGGCAAAGUAUGGCUACAGCCAUACUUCAACAGACAAUUCAAAUAGUUCUGAUCAGCUGGUAUUGAUUCGAGAUGGCGAUGAACCAGAGUCCGGAUUGAAUUCUUCAGAAAAAGCGGGAGAAAACGACGCGGAGGACUUUGACGACGAGGAAGAAGACGAUGAGGAUGAAGAUGAUGGCGAUGAUGAUGAAGAUGACGAAGACGAUGACGAGGAUGCCAAUGUGAGACGAAAAAUAGCGAAUAAAUCACAGCCGAGUCUUCGACAAUUCUACACCGAGAUGGUGAAGAAAAAAGAAGCCGAGCGAUUGAACGAAAUAGGCGCCAAGGCGACUAACGCUCGUCAUUCGGGAACCACCGGAGAUAGACACAGGGACGACGGAUUUUGUGGCGUCUCUUAUGGGAACGUCAACAGAGACGCGGGAGACGGUUUAGUUAGUGGUCCUGGAGGAGACGCUCCGCCUGAUGGAGAAGGUGGUGGCGAGCCUGGGAAUAAUGCGCACAGUGGUGGAGGCGAUGAUAACGACAAUGGCGCUGGCAGACCUGUUGAUGAAGAAGAUGAUGAUGACGAAGAAGACGAAGAAGAGGAUGAUGACGAGGAUGGUGAGGGGACUGGAGUGUCAAGGGAAGUUGUUGACGGAGUCAGCAGCGUUGGAAGUGGUAAUGUUGGUGGUGGCUCCUCGCGGCUUCUUCGCAGCGUCUCACGUCCCCAGAGCGAGGAAGAGGAUGACGAUUGUGAUUAUAGUCCCGAUGAAGAGGAGUGGAAGAAGACUAUUAUGGUUGGUAGUGAUUAUCAGGCUACUAUUCCUGAAGGUCUCUGUCGCUAUGAUGAUGCUCUUCCGUAUGAAAAUGAAGAUAAAAUUCUUUGGAAUCCUACUUAUAUACCGGAGGAUGCGACUGAGGAGUUUCUUGAACGCGCUCAAUUACCCACGAAUAAAGUAAACUCUAUUCCGGCUGGUGCUCACAUUCGGGAUGAUGAACAAGCUCUGUAUUUAUUGCUCCAAUGUGGGUAUAAUCUUGAUGAAGCGCUCAGAAGACGCAGAAUGAAUGUAUUACCUCCGACAGAUGCGAUUAGUCUUUGGUCUGAAGAAGAAUGUCAUAACUUUGAGUCCGGGCUGAGAGCUUACGGGAAAGAUUUUCAUCUUAUUCAGAAAAAUAAGGUAAGAACAAGGUCUGUUGGUGAACUUGUUCAAUUUUAUUAUUUAUGGAAGAAAACUGAAAGACAUGAUAUAUUCACCUACAAAGCGAGAUUAGAAAAGAAAAAAUAUGCUCUGCACCCGGGUAUCACCAGAGACUACAUGGACAGAUUUUUGGAGGAGCAAGAGGGAGUUCGUGACCGAAGCAGCUCGCCGAACGUAAACUGUUUGCUCCACGGCGACGCGAAGCGACAGCGAGGGAAUCCUAACAUGACAAAUAAUCACAACGAGGGAGGAAAGUCAACGGAGUCGUGGGACGGCGCCACGAGUGAGGACCCUCUGGGUGAUGCCAAUAGUACGGACUCCGUAUCAGCCACGGUAACGUCAGCUACGUCGUCGCUUUUACCUCCUCCCGCUCCUCCACCUCUAAUUCCCUCGAGCCCGUCAUCAACAGCACCUCUGUCAUCGUCAUCGUCGUUGACUUCAAACGUUUCAUCAAAUGUUAUGUCUACACCCAUGGUAACUCAGCCAAACCUACCUACCGGUCCUCAAAAUCACGAAUCAUCUCAUGAAUAUCCGCCACCUUUGCCACCGUCAUCAGACAACGUUCUGCCACACUUGCCGCCUUAGCAUUUGUCAUUUACAUGCUUUUAAUUGUUGGAUAGUCUAUUUAUUUGUGGACUAUCAUUACCUCUCAGCCGUUGCCAUUGUCGUUUAUUUCACAAACAAUACUUUUAUUGUUUUUACACAUAAUAAACAAUAAAUCGCUACACUAAUUCAUUGUU